AUGUUUGAGGAGGGGAUCCUGAAGUGGAGAUACGCACUGGUUGGACAAUUUAUCGGAUCUCCACCGAAUUUUGGGACACUGCAGAAGGUAAUCGAGCUGAUGUGGGGUAAAAUUGCUCCGGUGAAAGUAAGUCUGGCUGGCUCGAAUCUUUUUGUGUUUUCUUUUGUCAAUGCUUCUGCCAGGGACUGGGUUUUAGAGAAUGGUCCCUGGCACGUUCAACAUAGACCUAUAUUCCUUAGGAAGUGGGAACCAAACAUGAGGGAAUUGCAUUUUGACUUGCUUCAAAUGCCGAUUUGGAUUCAGUUGUAUAAUAUCACAUUGGAGUUAUUCUCGAGAAAGGGACUUAGCUACAUUGCGAGUGCAAUUGGUAAACCCUUGCAUACGGACUCAAUAACUGCAUCAAGAGAAAGGCUUGAAUUUGCUCAAGUAUGUGUUGAAAUCUCUGCGGAUUCAAAAGUUCCAGAAUCUGCUGAUGUACUGUUAUGUGAUGGAUCUAUUGUAUAUAGUGGGAAGGAUUACAAGGAUAAUGAUAGACUUAAUGCUGGGAAAGAUGCUGCUUUGGGAGUUAAUCAUGUGGAUACUCAAAGCACUGAAAAUGGAAGUAAUCCUCCCAUUAAAAGAGGGAGAGGAAGACCAACAAAAGGUGGUAGCAAAUGUGUUAUGGGAGGUUCAAAAAACAAUUUGAAGUCCUGA